AAUCUUCAGGAAAAAAAGAAAAUAUUCUCUCUCUAUGCGGAGAGAAUUUAUGAAUAACGUUAAACGUUGACAUCCUCAUUCGUGACACCUAACUUUGAUACGAGUCUUUGGUAUCGAUCUUCUGGCAGCUCGGUACUCUCGACGCUGACGACGACGCAAGCCCAACUCAGAACGAGAAUCCGUCCGUGGUAGAGGGGUGAUUUGUCCUCCCUUUCGUUGCUGUUGUUAACUUCCUCCUCCUUCCCUUUCACCCUUACAGUUCACUCACAGUUUCCCUCCUCUUGCCUUCUGUGUUCUUUCUCUCCCCACUUUCUCUCACGUCCUCACGAGGACGACGAGAAGUAGGAAAGAUGAGCGAUCAAGAAGAUCUCGACUACUACAUCAUGUUCCCAUCGUUUCCACCAUCCCCGAAGGAUCCAACAUUAACAACUGGUAAUCAGGAUCAACGCGAAGAAUUCGUAUUCGUCUAUAAAGAAGACAAGCGGCCAGUGAUAGUAUUGCUAGGAUGGGCUGGCUGUCAAGACAAAUAUCUGGCCAAAUACAGCGCAAUUUAUGAAGAGAAAAGUUGCAUCACGCUACGAUACACGGCACCGGUAGAAUGCCUAUUUUGGCGAAGAGACAAAAUGCCUUAUAUCGGCAAACGAUUAAUUCAAGUGAUAACCGACAAGAGUUUGGAUCAACAUCCGAUAUUCUUCCAUGUCUUCAGUAACGGCGGCGCGUUUUUAUACCAACAUGUAAGCCUUGCUAUGCAACAAGCUAACACACCGCUCAAGGUCAAAGGAGUGAUAUUUGAUAGCGCUCCAGGAGAAAGAAGAUUGACCGCUCUUUUCAAAGCGAUUAGUGCUAUCAUAGGAGGACAUCCUAUUACAAAUAUACCGAUGUCCUUCUUUAUUACAAUUUUCUUGUCUAUACUUUGGUUUUUAGAGGUAAUCGCUCAUGCUCUUGGACGUGGUUAUCCAAUACAAACAAAUCCAAUUGGUCUUGCAGAAGAAUCUUAUUCUUGGCCUCAAUUAUUUCUCUAUUCAAAUGCAGAUAAUUUAAUUCCAGCAUCAGACGUUGAAAAAUUUGCCAGUCGACGAGCAGAACGUGGUGUACGAGUACAACUGGUACUUUUCACAAAUUCUCCACAUGUCAAACAUUAUGCUACCUAUCGUGACGCUUGUAAUACAGUUUGUAGCUUCAUUCACGAAUGCUUGAUGUCAUCAAAUUCUGAAUGUUUAGAAUUGUCACAGAAUCACAGCAUAGAGAAUAAUUCUCAAAAUUAUGUCACUAUGCCAAGUCUUACUAAAAGAGUUGUACUACCUCACGAAGCUACCAAGCUAAAUUAGAGAAAGAGAAAAAAAAUUAUUAAUAAUAGAAUAGCAAUAUGAUCAAUGAAA